GCUAAGUGUACCUGGAGUCCACUGUGAAAGUGUUAGAUAGCAUCUCAGAACAAAAGUUGUACUCAUACAGAAUUAAAACAGAUUGUAGUUACAAAGCUCGACCUAAUACUUUUCUGUAAAACUAGCUUAGUUCUGUCUGAAGAUUACAUUUAAGAACAUUCUUCUAGAUUACCAUUAGGAUAAACAAUUUUUUAAUUUAUUUUUAUUUAAUGUUCAUUGGUGUUUUGCCUGCAUGUAUGUCUGUGCAAGGGUGUCAGAAGCCCUGGAAUUGGAGUUACAGACAAAUGUGAUCUGACAUGUGGAUGCUGGGAAUUGAACCUGGGUCUUCUUGAAGAGCAGUCAAUGCUCUUAACCGCUGAGCCAACUCUCUAGCCCUGAAACAACAUAUUUUUACAUCCGACAAAUUGUUAACACAAUUAGAAAUGUUAAAAAUCAUCUCUAAAGUUCCAAGAUGUUUCUUUCUUAUAAUUUAAUUUCUCUGAGAUUUUUAAUUAUAAGGGGUAUCAAGAAUUGUAUUUUAGGGUUGAGGACGUAUCUCAGUUGGUAGAAUAUUUGCCUAGCCUGGAAAAAGCCCUGGCUUCAGAUUCAACACUAUUUAAACCUGUAUUGUGGCACACAUCUGUAAUGCUGGGAUUAAAGGCUGGGCGACCAGUGCCCGAUGCUUACAUUUGUCUUUUUCUCAACAAAAAACAUGAAUAGGUUCAUCUCUGCUUUACACCCUAGUUAUUUUAAACUUUAUCAGUUGUGAGGCCUUGCAGGCAAGCUUGGCUGUUAGUAAUUUCCAUUCUAAUCACUUAGUUGGGGACGGGGUGCUAGACCAGCAGAAAUCGGGGGAGGGUAGCUGAUUUAGCAGGCUCCAACCCCUAGGGGUCUAGUGUUUCCUCUUUCUCUCUAGUUUGUGACCUAAACUGACUGACUUCGAGUGUUAUUUUGAAAAUGAACCGUCAGAUAUUAUUUCUUACACAUACAUGCAUAUAUCCAUAUAUCUAUACAGACAUAAAAUAAAGAAGACCAAGAGGGUAGAGUGGCAUGUACUUGUAGUCUGGGGCAGAAAGAUCAUUUGAAACUAGCCCUAGCCACACAAUCUAGUAAAACUCCAUUAAAAUAAAGAAAAGAGAGACCGCAAGGGCUGGAUAUAGCCCAGUUGUAGAGUGCUUUCCUAAUGUGUAUAAGAGCCAGAGUUAGAGCUCCAGCAUCACACACCCACGUUAAAAGUAAAGGUAAGUGUGGUAUCACAUGCCUAUAAUCCCAGCACUGAGAGGCAGCGCCAGGAGGAUAAAGUUGAAGGCCAUCUCCAGCUACAUGAGAUCCUUAAAAAAAAAACAAAAACAAAACCAAAAAAACCCCAAAUAAUUUCCAUGUUUGAAUGUAUUUAUAAACAUUUUGUUUUGAUUGGGAUCAGACCCACAGCCUAAGCAAGUACUAUACAGGUCAGCUGUAUAGCCAACUCAUUUUAAUUGCAUUUAUUUUCCAAGCAAAAACAUUGUUUUUAUAUUGAAUGCUUCAUUUUUGUUCUUUAAUAACGUAAAUAAUGCAUUUAUGUUAAAAGUGAAGAUUACAAGUCAGGAAUGGCAGGCCAUUUGUGUAAUCCUAGUACUUUGGAGGUAGAGGCAGGUGGAUCAGAAGUUCAUCCUGAGUUACUUCAAGGCAAGCUGGGCUACUUGAACCCCCCCCCCCCCAUUGCCACAAACAUGGAAAGUUAAGUUUGCAGUAAUAAAAUGUGUUAAACUGUGAGCAAAUUUCACUGUAGAUUUUUAAUCCCAGCUCUCCGGAGGCAGAGGCAGGAAGAUCUCUGUGAGUUCAAGGCCAGCCUGGUGUACAGAGUUAGUUUCAGGACAGCCAGGGCUACACAGAGAAACCCUGUCUUGAAAAACAAAACCAAAGUCUGGUGGUGGUGGUACAUGACUUUAAUCCCAGCACUCACUCAGGAGGCAGAGGCAGGUGGAUCUCUGUGAGUUUGAGGCCAGCCUGGUCUACAGAGUGAGUUCCAGGACAGCCAAGGCUGUUUCACAGAGAAACUCUGUCUCGGAAAACCAAAAUAAAUAAAUAAAUAAAUAAAAAUAAAAAUAAAUAAGUAAAUAAAAAUACAUAUCUAUCUGAUUUGUUGUUUACUGGAGAUGGAAUGUAAGCUCUGUGCAUGCUAGGCAGGUACUGUAUCACUGAGCUAUAUCAUCAGCCCUUGUGGACCUAUUAUUUGUUUUUUUCAUUUUUCUUUAUUAAGAAAUUUUCUACUCACUCCACAUACCAUCCACAAAUCCCCCUCCUCCCUCCUCCCACCCCUCAGCCCUCUUUCCCAAGCCACUCCACAACCCCACAUCCCCCAAAUCGAGUUCUCCCAUGGGGAGUCAGCAAAGCCCGGCACACUGAGCCUAGGCAGGUCCAAGCCCCUUCCCACCGCACCAAGGCUGUGCAAGGUGUCACACCACAGGCACCAGAUUUCCAGAAGCCUGUCCAUGCACCAGGGACAGAUCCCGAUCCCCCUGCCUGGGUGCCCCCCCAAACAGUUCGAGUCAAACAACCAUCUUCCAUAUCCAGAGGACCUAGUCCAGUCCCAUGGGGGCUGCACAGCCACCAGUCCACAGUUCAUGGGCUUCCACUAGUGUAGACACAUUAUUUUUAUAAACAUAUUUUAUUUAAAAACAAACACUAGUUAUCAAAGCUGGAUAUGGUGUACACCAGUAAACCCGGCACUCAGGAGGCUAAGGCAAGAGAGUUCCUGAAAGUUUGAGGCCAGUUUGUCGUAAAUAGUGAGUUCCAGGUAAUCCAUGACUACACAGCAAGACACUGCCUCAUAAUAAUUAAUUAAUUAAAAUUACAUAGAAACUAUGGAAAGGGCUUUCUUUGUGAUCUAGUAAGUAAAUAAAUUUUCUUGUUGUGUACCCAAGGUUGGUGUAGAACUCACAAUGUUGUGCAGGCCUUCUGAGCCUGGAAUUAUAGGGUUGUGCCACCACAUUUAGGGAGAAUAACUAAAUUAUGAAAUAUGCUACAGGUCAGAAUUCCUGAACAUAAAGGGAUUCAAAGUCAACUUUAAUAACUUAAGUGUUGAAAACCAACGAAAAAUAUUUAGACUCGUGUAGUGAGUGGUGCAUAUCUAUAGUCCCAGCGCUCAUGAGGCCUAGGCAAAAGGAUCUUGAGUUCAAGACCAAGCUGGAAUAGGUGGUGACAUGAUGUCAAGAUGUCUGGGAAAACUAAAACUAAACCAAACUAAAUGCACACGCGCAUAUCAAAAAACCUGUGACGCCAGGCCACUGAGGCCGUGUGCAAAGCUCACGCAACGUCACAGAAGCCAGCUAGGAAAAAGCGCCAUUUGUAUCUAAGCCACCCUAGUGGGGUAGCCUCGGGGAUCCGUGGCAGCGGUGUGUGGGCCUGCUCACUGGAAGAUCUCACCGUACCCAUGAGCAGUAAAAGUUGCUUCAAGUGUGGACGCUCUGGCCACUGGGCCCGGGAGUGUCCUAAAGGAGGAACUCGAGGGCGAACACCAAGAAGUCGUGGCAGAGGUCCUCAAUGCAGCUCCGCCAGCCAGUCUGACAUCUGUUAUCGCUGUGGUGAAACUGGUCAUUAUGCCAAGGACUGUGAUCUCCAGGACGCCUGCUACAACUGCGGGAAAAGAGGCCACAUCGCUAAAGACUGUACCCAGCCUAAACGAGAGAGGGAGCAGUGCUGUUACAUCUGCAGUAGACCUGGUCAUCUGGCUCGUGAUUGCGGCCGGCAGGAAGAGCAGAAAUGCUACACGUGCGGCGAAUUUGGGCACAUCCAGAAAGACUGCACCCAAAUUAAGUGCUACAGAUGUGGUGAGAAUGGCCACAUGGCAGUGAACUGCAGCAAGGCGAGCGAAGUCAGCUGCUACCGCUGUGGCGAAGCUGGACAUCUAGCCAGGGAAUGCCCCAUUGAGGCUACCGCUUAGUACUUAGUACUUUUAAGCCCCUCUUCUUUACUCUUUAGCUAUGCUGUUUGUAAAAUUUCCUUACUAAUCAAAAGGGUGAUAGAAGCUACUCCUAAGUCGCCAUAAUUACCAUCUUAAGACAGGAAAAGACUUGGGGGGGAAAAACCAUCAAAAACAUCAUCAAUGUGCUGUUUGGUUGUCGCGUUGAAAUCCAUAGAGGGCAGGCAUUUUGAAUGGGAGACAACUGGUGGACUCUUUGAACAUGUUCGUUUUGGCACAUUUCAUUAGGAAUUGAUAGUGAAAACAUCAGAAUAAGCUUAGAACAUUGCCUUUGAAUUUACAAACAAAUAAUAUGUAUGUGUGUCAGAUAAAGGCAAACAGCCAUGAAGCAGAAGAAAGCCAACUAAAAGACAAGAAGAGAAACUGUACUUUCUUGGAGGUGGGGGCAAGAACAUCUUGAUGAAGGAGCAUUUCCUCAGAGACCAUUAGAGCAAAUAAAACUGUUUCUGAAACUCUA